AUGAGGUCCCCCUAUAAAAAGGAGACGCGCCCCCUGCUCUGCUCCCUUUUAUCACUCGCCAAGAUGAGCUACGGAUCUGACUUCAAUUCCGCCUCUUCCUACAGAAAGAUUUUCGGGGAGUCUCCCCGUUACUCCAGCUCUCCAUCCCGGAUGAGCAAUGCCUCCUCACGCAGCGGCGGUUACCGGUCCCACUCUCAGUCCCGGAGCAUCGGCUCUAACCUGGGCUCCUCUUUCCACCAGAAGAGGUCCUCUGGCCGGUCCUACUCGCAGAUGCCCAUGCCGAUGGAGAACUUGGAUUUCGCCCAGAGCACGGUGCUCAACAACGAGUUCAAAAUCAUCCGCACCAACGAGAAGGAGCAGAUGAUGGGGCUCAAUGACCGCUUUGCCAUGUUCAUCGACAAGGUGCGCAACUUGGAACAGCAGAACAAGGUGCUCGAGACCGAGCUGGUGACCCUGCGUCAGAGGCAGACCGAGCCCUCGCGCCUGGCCGACCUGUACCAGCAGGAGAUCCGCGAGCUGCGCUCCCAGCUCGACGAGGUGAACGGCGAGAAGUCCCAGAUCCUCAUCGAGCGUGACAACAUCGAGGAGGACCUGCAGAAGCUCCGCGGCAAAUACGAGGACGAGUACCGCAUGCGCGAGGAAGCCGAGCAGACCCUCAAGGCGUUCAAGAAGGACGUGGAUGACGCCACCAUGGUGCGUCUGGACCUGGAGAAGAAGGUAGAAUCCCUCCUCGACGAGAUCAACUUCAUGAGGAAGGUGCACGAGGAGGAGGUGACCGAGCUCAUGAAUAUGAUCCAAGCCGCCCAGGUGUCCGUGGAGAUGGAGGUCUCCAAACCUGACCUCACCUCUGCCCUGAAGGAGAUCCGAGGCCAGUACGAGUCCAUGGCCUCCAAGAACCUCCAGUCCGCCGAGGAGUGGUACAAGUCGAAGUUCGUCGACCUCAAUGAUCAGGCCACCCGUAGCCAGGAGGCGAUGCGCGCCAGCCGGGAGGAACUCAACGAGUUCAGGAGGCAGCUCCAGUCCAAGACCAUCGAGAUCGAGAGCCUGAGGGGAACCAACGAGUCCCUGGAAAGGCAGCUCCACGAGAUGGAGGAGAGGCACAACCAGGAGAUUGGCCAGUACCAGGUAAGAAAUUAUGUGUUUACUUUAAAUACACUUAAAAGUUCAAAUUUGAGCUUAUCUUUCUUGCAGUUUGUUUACAAACAUGUCCAGGAUAAAGCAACAGAUAAAUAAUUGUUUAGUUUGGAAAGAUAUUGCAUUCAACCAGGUACAAAAAAAAAAAGUUGUCUGCUAAAAAAAACAAAAAAACAAUUGUGUUCUAAUAAAAGUGGGGAAUUGAGCUUUAUAACAUUAUUUUAGAGCUAUUAAAUUGUUUUACUAAAAUGCACAACACGAGAACUGCAAUAUUAAAGGGUUGAGAUGACAAUAGGCCCUGUUCACUCUCCAUGGUGCUGAAACUAUUCCGGACGCCUGUUAAAACGCUCUGUCACCGGUUAUAGGGCUGCGGUUCAAAGCGUCUUUUAGCUUUUUUUGAGUUUGGAAGUUGAAAACCACUGUUCUAUUUUUCAAAUACGCACGCGCCUCUUACUGUAACUGCUUUUUGUUAUAUUUAGUAACUGUGACUGCUCUCUUAUAAUCAUAUUUUGUUUGACGUUAGUGCGUCUCUGUACAUGGUGCUGAAAUAUUAUUUGGAGGGCGGCCGCGCGAUACAGACGCUCUAUUGGGCCGUUUUUCUUGCUAUUCUUUGUUAUUGAAAAUCGAAUUUAUAGUCUUAUUGUUAUCGUUAUUCUCUUGAGUCAGGCAUCACUUACUCUCAGAAGAAAGGUAGGCUAUAUUAAAACAUAGCCUAUAUCAACACAAUUCCUUUUGGCCUCAUGCUUUAUUAGCCCUAACUUUUAGGCUUGCCACUGUUUCACAGUUCGUUUUCUACUUCAAUAUGUUACCAGGACAACAUGGCAGAGCUGGACAAUGACCUGAGGACCACUAAGAGCGAGAUGGCUCGUCACCUGCGGGAGUACCAGGACCUGCUGAAUGUCAAGAUGGCGCUGGAUAUUGAAAUCGCUGCAUACAGGUACUUAAUAUAAUAAUAUAUAAUAAUAUAAUAUGCCAUUUAGCAGAUGCUUUUAUCCAAAGCCACUUACAGUCAUGCAUGCAUACAUUUUACAUAGCUUGUAUUCAUCAUUGUAAUCAUAACAUUCAUCAUAACAUUACAAUGAUGUAUUACUGUAACAUAAAAAUGGACAUCCUAGCUUUCAUAUAGUUACAGUAGAUUUAUUAAGCUUGAAAAUGUGAUGCCUAAAUAACUGCAUGACCCACACUUGAUUAGCAUCACUUUAAAGAUGCUGAUCAAUCAAUGACAUAGAAUUAGAAAUCAUUAGCCACACACCCCGAGGUGACAUGGCAUUACUCUCCUGGGGUAGCAUGGGCUGGUCACGUGACUCUUCUAUAUUUGAACCAUCAAUAUUUAACCAACCCCCCUCCUCUCUCUCCCUUCCUCCCCUCCCUCUAUCUCUAUCUCUGUCUCUUUCUCUACCCCUCUCCGUCUCUCUCUUCCCCCUGCCCCUGCCUUCUUCUCCCCCCAUCCCCCAUCCCCCUCCCUCACACUCCCUCCCUCUCCUCAGGAAGCUGCUGGAAGGGGAGGAGACCCGCAUCAGCACAGGCAUCACCUACUCCAGCCCCAGCAUGAACAUGAGCUCCUCCGGCAUGAGGUCCUCCGAGAUGAGGUCCUUCGGCAUGAGGUCCUCCGAGAUGAGGUCCUCCAACAUGAGGUCCUCUGACAUGACCUCCUCCGGCGACGCCGACUUGCCCAGCAUGGGCAGCUACAACCAGACCAUCAGGCACACCACCAGCUCUGGAGGCUCCAAGAAGGACCAGGGCAAAGACCAGGAGGAUGGGCAGAGCAAGUCUGGCAAGGGGUCCAGCGACGGAGACCAGAAGGAGUCCAGCGAUGCCAACCCCACCAACCAGAAAAACUAG